GACGCUCAGCGCAUAAACCUAUGUCCACUAUUCUAGCAGACAUCAACCAAAAGCAAGAGAAGUGGGUCCGAAGACCCUGCCAGAUUUUCCCGAUUUCGGACCGGACCGACCAACGACCGCGGCACAGCAUCGCAAUGGAUGACAUUCUUGGUGGAAGUAGUCUUUACGAGGGUGAAGAGAGUGAUUUCAAGUACAUUCUGGACUCCGACGUGUUCCAUAAUGUGCCUCUAUCAGAACAACUGGUGGACGUACAGAACGACAACUGGUUCAACACUCUCUUCGACGACCCCAUGCUCUGUGACAAGCACUUUGGAGCACCCUCGCCGACCCCUCACAUCCAGACAGAACACAGUUACAGCCUGAGCUCGCUCAGCGAGCCUGGCUCUCCUGUAUCAAGUGGCUAUAAUGAAGAAGACGACCUGGACACUUUUGACCUCCCCCUCCUGGACCCCGAGACCAACCAGCCCCUCCUCAUCAAGUCGGAACCCAUGGACGACCCCAUGCAGACUCACUACGUCCUGAAGGAAUCGCUUCCCACGCUGGUCCCUGCUCCAUCAAGGCAGACCAUCGAGGCCAAGCAGACCGUACACCUCAAACCCAAACAGGAAAUCAUCAAGAUCAAACUGGAACCGAUGCUGGAUUAUCAACUGGAAACCUCUUCAAUAGGACUUGACGGACUUGGACUCCCACCUAGCCCACCCAGCAGUAUGUCCAGUGACAGCGACGGUGGCAACUCCUCACAACCCGGAAGUCCCCGCCCGCUAUCAGCAUACGUCAAGAAACACGAGCCACACACACGCAUGAUCACCCAGCCGAUGUUCACCAACACACAGAGGUUACCUCAGUCUGGCCCCCUUAUUCUAACUGAAGAGGAGAAGAGAACACUGACGAUCGAAGGAUACCCCAUCCCAACUAAACUCCCACUCACCAAGGCCGAAGAAAAAUCACUCAAGAAAGUCAGAAGGAAAAUCAAAAACAAAAUCUCAGCUCAGGAAAGCAGACGGAAGAAGAAGGAAUACGUAGAAGCACUGGAAAGGAAAAUGGAAUCGUUCACACAAGAAAACACCGACCUCAAACGGAAACUACAGUCGAUGGAGUCGACAAACAAAACGUUAGCAGCUCAGUUGCAGAAACUCCAGAGCAUCGUCAACAAAGUGACCAAACCACUCAAAGCCAACUCAACCCAAUCUGGGACCUGCCUGAUGGUACUCGUCCUUUGUUUCGCAGUCUUCCUCGGUGGCUGGUCCCCGCAAUCGCUCUUCGGCAACUCCAAUCUUCCUAAGACACCCUCCCCAAUGUACGGCCCGCUGCCAAGCAGUCAUUACUACAGCAAGUACCACAUGCACUACCACGAGAAUCAGAACAAGGAGGCCACGACAGCUGGUCAGUCUGGCGCCCCCUAUGGACCAGAACAGUCUAAUUCGGCCUAUAACCCAAGUGUGCGCUCAUCCCGAAUGCUUUUCUCCUACGACGACGAACUCAACUCUAAAGACUACCCCUUCAUGGAACGGAUGAACCCCCUUGAGAAUACCCAGGCCGAUAACAUGGCCCCUCUCGACCAAGCCAGCCAUCAGAAUCCAGUCAGCCACAUAGCUGCGUCUGUCGGAGCGUUCAUCGACAACCAGGGAUCAAAGUUUAAUAUGGGUCAAGCGCCAUUUGGCAGUGACCUCCAGGCCGUCAUGCAUCCUGACAUUGAAGCCCAACUGGUUGCUAUGGAUUCCAUUACAAGGUUAAAUAACUCCAAAAAUAAGUAAAUGAACCACCGCCCCCCUCUCUAGCUGGUUGAAGACCUGUACUUUAUAACCCAAGCGAAAUUCACGAACUCCCCGAAAAAUAUUUGAAGCUGGUCUGCAGUCAACGCAAACAUGGGACAACAAAAUGUGACAAUUUGGUUUUGGAAAUGCUUCACGUUUGGAUUUUGCUUGAAUUAGGACCCAGCCUUUUUAACAGACUCCCGUAAUUUUUGUCCUCCCCAUAAAAAUAUUUGAGGCUGGUCUGUACUAGACGCAACUAUGAGACUACAAACUGUGAACAUUUAUUUUUGGAAUUGCUUCAAGUUUGUCUUCACUUGAAUUAGGACCCAGUCUUUUAUACAAGAGUCCCAAAGUAAAAUAAGAUGAAGUUGCCAAAAUAGCUGCCAAACAAAACCAUCACUGAUGAAUCAGGUUAUUUAUUGGUACUUUGAAAUAAUCAGGUACAUUUUGUGGACCCUCAAACCCUAUUGUUUAUAUUAAAAUAAUUAUCCCUUGCUGUAUGAAGUCAGGCAUGCAACUUUACAGCUGAAUUACAUGACAGUAAAUUUAGUUUAAUAUUGGACAUUGGACAUUCACAUAUAGGUUUGUACACCGAAUGUAUACUUUGUUAUUUUGGUAUUGGACAUUUAGGUAUUGUACAGUGAAUGUCUACUUUUCAUUUGGAUAUUGACAUUGCUGUUCAAACCUAUAUGAAUGUUCAAUGUCCAUUUUCAAAAUGAAAAAUAGACAUUUGCCCUAGAAACCUAUGUGAAUAUCCAUUGUACAAUAUAGAAGGAAAAAAUAGACAUUUACUGUACAAACCUAUGUCAUGUCCAAUAUCAAACCAUCUUUACUGUCAUCUGAUUUCCUCAUUUGGGGUUUCCAAGCUGUGCCGUUUGAAACUUAAAAAUACAGUAAAAAUGUCUCGCUCAGCCUGGGAUUUUUUGACACCCUUUGCAGCUGUAUGCCUGUUCACUCUCUCGUUUACUAUUUAUCCUGCAUAUUGUACAUUUUUAUAGUGAUAUUUAUUGAAACCUUUCAAAAUGGAUUGUGGUUGUUUAUGUCUGAGAGGAGACAUUUAUUUUUACCAUUCCAAAAGGAGCCAUCUUAAAUUUGUGACAAAACCAUAAUUUAGGUUUUUUGAGUUUUUGUAAUUUAUAAAAAUUAGUAACAUGAAUGACAACUCAGAAAGGGUUUCAUGAGAGUUAGAAAGAAUUACUUCGCCCAAAAUGUAUUUAUGGAAAUGAAAAAUGACUAUGCUGCCCUUAAGAUUCAUGUUAUGUGCCUUUACUGAUUAUGAAUAUUUGUUUUCUCUUCUAGUUCUGACCCAAUCUGUCCUUGUUUGUUAAUUAAACAGUACUUAUAAGUUAUUAUUUAAAAAAUAAUAAGAAAAACGUAGAUUCUUCAAUUUAAAAGUUAGUCCAAAAUAAUGAGUGCCUUGUUUGUGACUUCUGUUUUAAAAUCACACGUCAAAGGGUUUCCCAUUUUAUGCGAUGUCUAACGCUAACCUCAGAAUGGAAAGCCACCUAAUCAGGGUUUUUAGGUAUAUCUGAUAGAAAUUUAACAUGUUUGUCUGCUUUAGUCCCUUUCACACGAGAGAAAUUCAGCAAGGGACCUUUGCUCAAUUGUAACAUGGGUGUACAAUUUUACAAAAUGUAGCAAUGAGUUUCACACAAGUACAUUUUUGUAAAGAUUGUUCAACCAUGCUUCAAUUUAGCAAGGGACCCUUGCUAAAUUGCUCUCGGUUGUGUGAAAAAGCUUUUUGAUGAGGAUAAUUGUAAAUAUAUUUUCAUUUUGGUAGAGUAGCUUCCAACUCUGACAACGGCAACUUUGAAAGAUAAACAGUAUUUUAUUUGAUAGAAUAGUUUAUUAGAUAUCUUUGGAAUAUUUAACGAUGAAUGUGUAACUGGUUACUUAUUCAACCACUUUGUGUAUCAGUGAAUGGACAGUGAUAUCAUGAGUAUUAAGCUUACUGACAAUUAUGUUUCUUAAGAAGCUAACAACUUCAAACUUGGAUAUCAUUUGUCAUUUGAUUUCAGCAGGAAGUUUUUUUUUUUUUUUCUUUUUUAAACAAACCUCUAAAAAUGCAUAUCAGAAAUGUUCUUUAUCAAUUUUUUUUUGUCGUCUUACUUAUUUGCGGGCUUCCAUCAUUUGAAAUUUAUAGCAACUUCUGAGCUAUAGUGCGUAGUAAAGUCAAGUGUAAAGAAUUCAUAGGACUUGGAUGAAAUGGUUUGUCCUAAAGAAAAAGAAAAACCUUGUUUAAUUGUGCAUAGGGGAUUUAUGUAGAACUGCCUUAUGUAAAUAUCAUAGUAUUAUAAAAAAGGAGUUCGCCAUUCUUAAGGGAUAAAUGCAUGAUGUUUUGGGGUCGUUUUUCAUCUUCUUUCUCCUUAUAUUUUGUGUCGCGGAUUUUUAUAAAAUUUCAUUGUUUUGUUUAUUUAAUUUUCAAGUUUUUUGGAUGGUCACAUUUGUUGAAUGGUCACAUACAAUCUAUUUCAUUUAUUCUUUCUGAUAAUUGUUAUGUUUUGUAGGUAGUUCCAGAAGACAUGUUGCUAAUGUGUGUUCUGCUUUUUGUUUGUAAAUAAAAUAUCUUAUGAAAUUAUUUUUUAAAAUAAUCAGAUUUUGAGUAAUGUGCCAGGCUCAAGUACACUCAAUAAAUAAUUGUAAAUAGAGAAUACAUGCACCAUACAUGCAUCCGUACCGUUACUAUGCUAUAACAAACACACACACACCCACAAAAUGUAAGAAAAUAUGUUGUUCUUGCAAAAUGGUGAAUCUUAGGAAUAAACACAUUUUGUAAAAAAA